AUGUCCGACUCAACCCUUUAUCUGUACACCUCCCUGACUGCGGGGUCCUCGCACAUCGUCACCGCGACCGCUCGUAUCGAGACUAUUCUCAAGGCGAAUAAGCUUCCCUUCCGCGCUAUCGACGUUGCCACGGAUGAGGCUGCCCGUAAGCUUUGGGGCCGUCGGUCUAAGGGGAAGAAGUUGCCUGGUCUGGUGAAGUAUGGAAAUAUCGUCGGAGACCUGGAAGAAAUCGAAGAAUGGAAUGAAUUCGGCGAACUACGCAUGGUCGUCAACAGCGCCCAGGAUCUGGACGCUCCUACAACCCCCAAACCCUCCACCAUCAAGAUCCAAAGCCCGCCCGCGACCAAACCCGAAGACAAGAAGGACGAGCAAGCCGUCCUCGCCCUCCGCCAGGCUAGCUCCGAAGCUGCCAACAAAGCCAAGAGCAAAGCGGACGAGAAGAAGACUGAGUCAAAGCCAAAGCCCGAGCCUAAGGAAGAAGACGCCCAGACUCAACCCCAACCCUCCUCUUCCUCCCCCAAGACACACCGUGCCUCCGUCGCCCCCGAACUCCCUGACAUCGCACCUGACUCGCCCGCCGGUGCUAAGCGACCGCCUCUCGUCCCGGAAGUCGCGGCCGUGUCAUCGGCGAACUUCCACGUUGAUAAUGCAGAGGAAUUGGGCCUUGUGGAGCACCAUCGGGGUUCGAUUAUUUCGGGCAGUGAUAAUGCGGAUAAGGAUCAGGUUGUGACGGAGAUUCGGCAGUCGAUUUCUGGGGCGGAGGGGGAGGGGGGUUCGUUGGAUGCGUUGAGGAAGGAGGCUGCUGAGAGGCCGACGGAUGAGAGUAUUGUUGAGGAGGGUACUAGUGUGGAGAAGGAGAAGGAGGAAAAGGUUGAGAAGGCUGAGGACGUGAAGGAGGAGAAGAAGGAUGAGCCCUCCGAGUCCAAGGACAAGGAGGACUCUUCUACAGCGCAAGAUACCAAGGCUGCGGAGACGACCGCGAAGGAGUAG